UUUAGAUUAUUUCUUUUAAGAAUUUAUAAGAAAUCUACGAUAAUGAAUUAUGAAAGCGCAAGUAUUUGCUUAGUGCUAAUGUUUUCAAUGGUUACAAGUUAUCCGGUUAAAGAAAAUGAUUCGAAUAACAAGGUUGAGUAUAAAAAUGAAAAGCAAUAUCCGAAUGGAACGGUCAUAGGGAAAUAUACAUAUAAAGAUAAAGAAGGCACUCCUGUACAUGUAAAAUAUUUUGCUGACGAUUCCAGUUAUGGCGUAGAACUUAAGAGUGCUAAAGUUUUCGAUUUGAAUUCUGAUAAUUUACUCCAAUAUAAGUUACCCAAACCGAAUAAUAUGAUAUCAACUGUUGACAUUUUCCAACCACUCCAAGAGAUGAAUACAGUUAAUACAAUACUCAAUAAAGAGUUUAAUAAAAAUAAGACUUACAAUGCUUAUGAAGUUCCCAAUUACUAUACAAAUAAACUAAAUCGUUAUAAAGAAUCUAAUAAAGCAAAUGAUGAUUAUGAGAUAUUCUUGGAGAACGAUCUUAAGCCCACCGCAAAGUGUAACAAAGAAAAAGUAAAAGUGUACUUAGAUAAAAAUAAAAGGAAAACUCGGAAUGCGCCUAAUCGUUAUCGACCAUCUGACUAUUGUGAACGAUUUUGA